CCAGACCAAACUCACCCUUUGCGCACGCCGUACAAACCACUUUCUUGCAAUUCAAAAAGCCAAGAACGGCUCUCCAGAAACCACGCCCCUCAAUGCUCCCCCGCAGCAGCCUUCCAGGCUUCCUACCCCGCCGUCUAUUCUCCCUCACUACUUCCAGAAUGGCCUCCACCUCCACUACCCCCAUCGAAGAUCUCAUCCGGGAGAAGAUGACAACCGCUUUCUCCCCCUCCACCCUUAUCAUCCGGAACGAUUCUCAUCUCCACGCGCAUCAUGCCGCGAUGCGCGGGGCGACUUCCAAAGAAACACAUUUUCACGUCACGAUUACUUCCCCCUCUUUCCAGUCGAAACCCCAGCCUGCGCGCCAUCGUAUGGUCUAUGCUUUGUUGAAGGAGGAAAUGAGUCAAGAGGGAGGCAUCCAUGCGCUGCAACUGCGGACAAAGACACCGGAGGAGGAGGAGCGGGAGAAGGAAAGACAGGCCCAGGCUUGAUAGACGGCGAAGGGUUGAUAUUGUUCACUUGGUCUGCGAUACCCACGAAUGCAUAUACAAAAUCGAACAGGUGCUGUGCGAAC